AUGAAGAUUCUACAAAUUGUGGCAGUGAUCGCGCUGUGCGCUAUUGCAGCCAAUGCUGGUAAGUCCAAGGCUCAACUGCUGCGUUUCCAUCAGGUGACGAAAGAGGAAUACAAUGAGCUCCUUCAGAUGACAAAUGAGGAGGGACAAGUCCCCGAAGCUCGUCUUCUCAGCAGUCCCUUGAGUGGCAUCAAACAUCUGGCCUCGAAAACUGGCUUGUCCUCAACUCUCUUCUCCGACCAUGGCAAGAAGAAGAAGGUCUAUCCACUGUGCGUCAUUACCCCAGAUGAUGAGGAGAAAACUCUGGGACAUCAUGGACACGAUGAUGAUAAUGAUAAUGAAAAUGGAUUUCCUAAGCCUCCAUUCAACGGUGAUGACUCAAAUGAGGAGGGUGGAACUCCCGACGAGACUCCAUCGACAACAUUCUGCACUCUGGUAGUUAAAGGCACCAGCGGUAACACCAAUGUGAUUUUGCAGCCUAAGCCCAAGCCCAAGCCCAAUCCAAAGCCAAAGCCAAAUCCAGGCAGUUCACACCAUUCAAAUCUUCCAGAUCAUCCAAGCCAUCCUCAUCAUCCCCAUUAUCCUAACUAUUCAGGCUAUCCACCAAUUUAUGGCUGGUAUCCCAUCUAUUAUCCCCCUCAUGGAUAUCACCAUGGUCCACAUGGUCCACAUGGUCCACACUGUCGCGGUCCACAUUGCCCACCCAAAUGUGAUCCCGCUACUGAAGAUUGCGAAAUUGAAUAA